AUGUUGCGCUUUACAACUGUUAGCACCAUAAGACGCUGUGGGGCCAGAAGUUCAACAGCAAAUCUUUGGUACUUGGUUUCUAGAAGCUGUAGUUCCCUCAAUGGACCUAAUUCAGAUCUUCCUCUACAUCCUCAAUUGAUUGAAGAGCUACAGGAGCUGUUAGAACGUGUUCCUUCAGAAAAAUGGAUUUCUGUUGGAUCGCUUUAUAAUGAUCUCUCUCUUGAUAGUCGUCGACGGCAUGUUCGCCCACACAAAACACUUGCUGCUGCACUUGCAAAAGCGGAUGGACUUGGUAUUUCUUUGAAUCAUAGUGGUCUUAUGUUUUGUAAAGGUAAUCCACCAAAAGAUAUUGAGGCUACAAGGGAUACAGGUAAUACCUGUAGUAGUAGUAGUAUCAAUAAUCAUAGUGGUAGUAGUCUAGGUCUUUCACAAGGUGCAGUUGUACAUCCUGGAGUUCGAAUAACGGUAGAUUCACCAAAUGAUAUGCCUUCAGUAGAUUUUUACUAUGAUGUUGGACUGCGUGAUUACCCUCCACCACCACCUGAUUUUAAUGUUACAACUUCUACCUUGCCUUCACCAAUGUCAACAGGAAGUGACUCUGUCCUUUCACUUGCUAGCUUCGUCUCUUAUAUUCCUCCAUUCUUUGUGCCAUUAGAAGAAGUCCUGCAGGAAAUGCCAGGUUACACAGAGGAACAUAUUGAGAUGUAUUUCAAACAUCGUGCUUCAGAAAUCGUCACAGUAUUUGGUAAAAAAUAUAUUCGUCUCUAUGGUGGUUAUGCAAAGUUUUCCUUGGAUGGUUGUGAAGUAGCAGAAGAGCGAUUUGCCCGCUAUAGACCAGAUCCUGCAGCGAUGCAGCCAUUUAUUGCUGCCUUUGCUGGUGUGACGGGUCGAUGGAUGCCACUUCGUAUUCUACUUGAACGGGCCGGGCAUACAGCCGUUGCGGCAUUGCCGUUUAAAGGACCUGCUGCUAUUAUUUACUUUGCACAGAUGCAGCAUGUAUUUGCCUUUGCGGUUGACCGAGAUGGAGGAUCUGUGUUACUGCGACCACCGGGUUAUAAUGGACUCGAAUGUGAAACCACCCCAACACCUAAAUCGUGUAAUUUUAUUUUACGUAAGGUCCCUCAGGAGGGACAAGUAGAUAUUCGUCAAAUUCAAGAAUCCAUACCUUCUCCUAUACAGAAUGAGGUGGAAAUAUUUUAUGGUACACUUUUGCGUUUUUUUCAUUUUCAUGCAGCUGUAUUUUCUCUUAGUGAAGAUGGAGCUGUAGUAAUGCGUCGACGGUUUAAAGAUCGAUUAGAAAAAAAACAACUAUCACUCGAAGAACAAUUGGAAAUUGCUAUUCAAGAACGAAAUAAGAAAAAAAUUCGUUCCAUAAGACGACGGAUAGCUUUUAGAAAUGAUCCAUCUAAUCCUUUUCAUGACCCUGACAACCUCGCACGUGAAAUUCAUCGUUAUCUUCCUAAGAAAGGUCAUGUCCCGCUUAAAACAUUUCUUAAAAAGAAUAUUCCAGAAGAGUUACUUAAUUAUCUUCCACGACGAUUCUGGAAUUUUUUUAGUAACUAUCCACAAUACUUUCAACAUUUUGAAUACCAGGUACCUGGACAAUGGUGUGUAAGUAGACCUGGUCAACCACUUCCACGUGGUGUUAUUAGACAAGAUUUCUCAGAUGAGGAUCUGGUACGUCUGGUAGCGGAGUACUUGCAACAGCGUGGGGCUAAAGCGUGCUCUAAUAUUAUUCUACAUCUCCCUCGUGGAGCGCAAGAGGCUGUGCGAAAACGUUAUGGUGGUGUCUUUUACCUUUUACAGGCGUUUCCACAAUAUUUUAAUGUUGUGUUACCUUCUGAAACAGGAAAUGUUGUAAGUGCUGCGAUGGCUCAUUUGGUAGAGCUUCCUGGUGCGGAUUUUGGUGGUAGUGGUGGAGGUGGAGGUGGGAAAUCACAUGAUAAUAGCGAUUUGAGAGAUGAGGAUGAAGGAAACGAUACAGAUGAUGAUUUUCCAUAG